AUGUCCAUCAACGCCAGUAACUCUGGACAAAACCCUGUCCAACUUCCGCCUCCGUCCCAACUCAGGGACCUGCCACCAGCCCCUAUCUACGAUGUGACCAAGUUCCCCGACGAGAGAAGUCAAAAACUACGUGCUCUACUUCAAGCCGGUCAUGUCAAAGUGGCUCCGCUACGCGACCCUGAAUUGAUCCUCCAUAGCCAUCUCCUCCAUUUCUUGGGUUCAGCAUAUGGUCUUGGAGCCAGCAGCGACCAGCUAGAGAAAUCUACGUGGAAAGACCUAGAGAACCCUGGCGACAAAAGAGCGAGGCAACUCUUGGCUGAUCACCCUGAGCAUAGGUAUACGGUUGCGUAUCAGGACUUUUUCGAUCGUGAAGUCGAAGAAAGACAGGGCGAUUGGGGUAAGGUCCUAGAAGAGUACCUGUAUACCGGGCCUCAACCGCUCAUUAAUGGCUGCACUGGAGGACUCGGCCAUUCUUUGAUCCAUCUGGCGUAUGCGUACGAAUUCCGCAGUAAGGAGGUGGCAACUCAGGCCUUGAGCCAGGGCUGCACGGAGUACAACCCACUGCAUUAUCUACUGGAUCAGCCUCCAUCAGACAGUGCGACGUACAAAACAACCUCACUGUCCGCCGUGUUCGAAAGGAUACGCACCGAUGUGCGGCUGGACGGGCUCUUCUCGGAGCCUGGGAUUGCGAACCUGGAAGUCUUACAGAAACCGGACCACCUCGCUAUUGUGCUGGAACACUGGACUGCUUGGGAGGUGAAUGAUCCGUUGCGGUGUUUUGAGGAGUGUUGUGACCUAUCGGUCAUCCUUGCACUAAGCAACGGUAACCCUCAUGAUUCUUUCGAUUUCUACAACGCACAUAUCAUGACGGUAGCGCAUGCGCUACGUAUCUUGUGGCACUAUUUUCCACUGCAACAACGCGUUUCCGUCUUGCGGCAGUAUGCCCUCUUCGGGAUCAUGACCUAUAUCUGCCAGCAGCGUCCACGCUUUGACUUUGAGAUUAUAGAAGCCGUUAAGCUAGACGGCCGUGAUUGGGACUGGGUGAUCGAUACAGCAUUGCCUCAUAAGUGGGCUUUAGAUGUGCACUUUUUCAAGGUGAUCCGUGCCGCCAAGGCCUUUGAGGAGACCUUUGGCCGCAAAGAUAAUUUCUAUCUGAAGGCUGCGGUUAAAUAUGUGACGGAGUUUCGAGGGUGGGAGGGAUACGGCAAGGGCGUGGCUGGAUUUAUUCCGAGCCGGGAUGGAUACAAGCCCGAAUAA